UUUUUAUUUAUUGAACCAAACCAAAUCUUUAUUCCACAUUCCUUUAUUUUUGUCAAUAUAAAUAGAUAUCUAACUCAAGUCAAUUAUCAAAAUCAAUCAUAUCUAUCUAAUAAACUUUGAUCAUCUUUUGCAUUUCAUAUUCAUCAUAUUUAGAAAACAUGGGUGUACUUGAAAUUAUUCUAAGAGUGUCUUUUGUGGCUAUGUUUAUCAAAUUGGCCAUGGCUACAAAUCACAUUGUUGGAGGACCAAAUGGUGGAUGGGAUACAAGCUCAGACCUUCAAACAUGGGCAUCAUCCCAACAAUUUUCAGUUGGAGACAAUCUCAUUUUCAAUUAUCCACCAAACCAUGAUGUGGUUGAAGUUACAAAACCAGAUUAUGAUUCUUGCCAGCAAAUAAAUCCAAUUCAAUCUUACAAUGAUGGUGCCACAACAAUCACUCUCACAUCACAAGGCAAAAGAUACUUCAUUUGUGGUACAAUAGGACAUUGCAACCAAGGAAUGAAAGUUGAAAUAGACACACUUGCCACUCAAAUCUCUCCUGCCUCUCCAGCUCCAGCAGCAGAAUCUCCUUCAAUAUCAGAUUCUCCAAUCAUUUCCAUCAUUCCCUCUGCAGCUCCUGAAGAAUCUAUUUCUUCACCUGCAGAAUCUCCUGACACAAAAAGUCCAUUGUUUGAACCAAAUAUGGAAAGUCCUACGUUCUCUCCGGUGAUUCCUUCAACUGAAUUUCUAGCUCCCUCCUCUCCUCUAGCACAACAUUCGCAGGAUGUUUCUGCUUCGUCAGCCGAGAAAGGAAAUCUACAAGCCUUCAUUUCAAUAGUGUUGAGUUUUGUAGUGGUAUUUAUUGCCUUCUUCUAAGGAUGAGAAAAAUCUCGCUCGACUCAAACCUAUUGAGCAUAUUUCGCGUGCAAAUUUGUUUUUUCGUGUGUCUCUCUUUGUAUCUGUGGUGUGAUUAUUAUUGUUUACAAUUUCAGUGUUAUUCCAAUCUUCUUUUUAAA